AUGAUGCCUCAAAAGCAAUGGCUGCCAGAACGCGAUAACUUUCUCAAGGAGUUCAUUUGGCUUGAAGGGCGCGGGGACGAUGCGUGGAGUAAGCAUUGUCAUGGGGAGCAGGCACACAUGAAUGAGCCGUCUGUCCGGUGCAUUGAUUGUGAGGGCUUGCAGCUUUACUGUCAGUCGUGUGUCGUCUUGCUGCACCACACAAUGCCUUUACAUCGGGUUGAGAUUUGGACCGGAAAUUACUUCCAGCACGGUGGCUUGAGGGACCUAGGGCUACGUGUACAACUUGGACACCCAACUGGUGUCCGUUGCUGCAAUCCCUCCGCUGCAUUCCAGGACGACUUCACUGUCCUUGACACUACUGGCAUUCAUAGUAUCAUGCUUGAUUUUUGCAACUGCGAGACAGCGCAAACACACGCCACUCAACUCUUACGCGCUCAUUGGUACCCAGCAACUGUAACAAAUCCUCGCACUGCUGCCACUUUCCGUGUCCUCAAUCAUUUCCAGAUGUACACAUUCGAGUCAAAAGGAUCUGUGUUCGAGUAUUACCAAUCAUUAGCACAUCUGAUGGAUAAUAUCAGGAGGCAUCAGACCAAGGACCUUGGCAGUUUUCGACAUAUACUCUCUCUUAAACGAGCUGGACGUGGCCAUUACCCUGGCGGCGUUCUCGGCACAAUGGAGGGGGAACUCGCUGUACUGUGCCCAGCUUGUCCUCAACCGGACAAAAACUUACCAUUAGGUUGGGAGACCAGCGAGGUCAAACAUAAAUGGCUUUAUGGCUUAUUUCUCGCAAUUGAUGCUAACUUUCGUCUAUGCUGCUGCAACAAGUCUUCCGAGGAGGUGAACCCUAGCCUGAGUAAAGGUUGGGGUUAUUUUGUUGAGGAAACCGGAUUCAAAUAUAAAAGUUCCUGUGCCAGUCAUAAUGCUGUCAACCUCACUGACACCAAGAAUUCACGGGGACUGGCUGCAACAGGUAUCGGUGCUAUUGUCUGUGCUCGCCAUAACCUUACACGUCCAUCAUCGGUUGGAGACCUUCAAAGAGGAGAAAGUAAGCAUCUUUUGGAGUGGAUGUCGCGUUAUCCCUCCCAGAUACACUUUUCGGAUAAUGCAAAGACCUUAACAUUCGUUGUUCCCAAAUUCCAUCUACCAGCGCACAUUUCGGCAUGUCAGACUUCGUAUUCUCUUAAUCUUAUCAAAGGGAUGGCAUGGACUGAUGGUGAAGCCAUUGAAUGUGGAUGGUCCAAUAUGAAUCCUGUUGCUACCAGCACACGUGAAAUGGGUCCAGGUUCAAGGCACGACAUCCUGGAUGAUCAUUUCGGUGACUGGAAUCGGAGGCAAUCCCGGAACAGCAAUCAGCAUGCUGUAGAUCUUCGAGACUUUGAGGAAGCUAUCCCAUCUUCGAGUUUGAGUUCCUGGUGGAAGAUGGUAGAAGAAUGGGAGGAUGACCGUUCGAGGCCAAACCCUUUUGAGGUCCAAGCUUCAGCUGUUACCCAAGCAUCUGUCAGACUCGAGCUCUCCCAGCUUGAAGCCCAUCAGCUAAGACAAGGAAUCGAUGACUCCCUCCACCCAGAUAUCUCCCCUAGUGUGCUAAUUGCUGUCGGGAUUGACAUUGAGGCCCUACAACGUAAACUGGCUACAGAUACUGCAAGUAUUGGAAUCCACGCCACCGAUAACCAACUGUCCGCCAUGCAACAAUGCAUCAAUGCAUCACGCCGUCAAAUCGAGCAGUGGAUCCAAAUACAAACUCUUUAUAUCCCCAGUGAGCCUGCUCAUGCCAUAAAUCUGUGGAUGCCGUCUGCAGUGGUGAAGGUGGGUAUGUCUUGUGACGUGAAUCUGUGCAACAUCAAGUGGAAGUUACGCUGUGCUCAGGCACACGAUGCUCUCCAUGAGCUCCGGCAGCACCUACGACUCAAGCGCCAUCUCACCGGUUUCAAGAAGAACUGGUUGACUGGUCAAAGAUAUCAAAUGGCAUGGAAGGCACUUGAUGCCCUGGCCGAUUCACUCUUGCGCCUGGAUUGGCAGAUCGAAUUCCCAAAGCUUGAGGAGCAAGAUAUCCGUGGGAUGACAGAGGCGCAGGCAGGGGGGGAAUUGGAAUCAGAGGGUCGACGACUUGUAGCUGUGUUGUGGAUUUGGAAGCAGCGCCAUGGCGCCGGCAAAGAAGAACUUUCUGAAGCAAUGCAUGUUGAAUGGUGGGCUGAGGAGGUCGAACUGGUCCAGGAGGAGAUGCGACGCGUAUUAGCAUUCUUUGAAUGGAAUAAAGGUUGGUGGGAAGGACUUGCGACCUCCAGGGUUGAUGACGGAACGAUGGAGCACGAAGCAGCGGUCGCAUAUGCCCUGCGACAGGCUGCAAUCCGCCGAUCCAUGUGGAACGACUGUCUUUUACUGUGGGAUGUAGUUCCAAGCCUUCUUACCGUUCAGACCACUGCAGAGCUAACAUCCUCACCCGCUAACACUAUGUAG